AGGGGGCCCCCUCCAGGGGCCCCCCUCCCAGGGGGGGCCCCCCCUGGGGCCCCCUUCCCAAGGGGGGCCCCCCCAGGGGCCCCCUUCCCAAGGGGGGCCCCCCCAGGGGCCCCCUUCUCAUGGGGGGCCCCCCCAGGGGCCCCCCGGUGCUUCUUCUCUUCCCUGGGGAGCUCCCCCCAGUACGCACUCCCUGCAACAGCAGCAGCAGCAGCAGCAGCAACAGCAACAGCAGCAGCUGCAGCAGGCAGCAAAGGGAGGAGCUGUUGCAUCUGGGGGGGCUUCUGUAUUUCCCUCUGCUGCUGGCAGCAGCAGCAGCUCUGAUACGCAUGCAGGGGGGCCCCCUAGGGGCCCCCAAGGAGUUAUAAGCGGUAUGUCUUCUCGUUCUUCGUCUGUUGCUUCUAUUAGCGGGCUGUCUAUGAAUUUAGGGGCCCCCCAGGGGCCCCCAUUGACGCCAGGAGCUGCAUCUGCUGCUCCUGCUGCAUCUGCUGCUGCUGCUUCUGCUGCUGCGCUGCGGCCUGUCGUGCCUCCACUGCCCCUAGGUGCUGGUGCACAGCAGCAGCAGCAGCAGCAGCAGCAGAAACAAAAGCAGCAGCAGCAGCAAAUUGAUGCUGGGGGCCCUUCACAGGAGACACUCUUUAGGGCCCAGCGGGCAUCUUCUUUCAGCAGCAACAAGAGUGUGCUGCUUCACGAUCAGCAGCAGCAGCAGCAGCAGCAGCAGCGCAGCAGGCUGCCGCCGCACCCUGUGCACAACGGGCCUGCAACAGCGUGGUUAGAAGCAGCAGAAGCAGCAAGACAGUUGCUGCGGAACAUGAGGCUUCCUGCUGCAGCAGAUGAUCAGCAGCAGCAGCAGCAGCAACAGCAGCAGCUAGCAGGAGAGGCCCAGUACCGCCGCAGCAGCAGAAAGAUUGAUGAACAUAGAGGAGAUAGAAAUCAGCAGCAGCUGCAGCAGCAAGUCCUCGCGCUCCAGCAGCAGCUGCAGCGCGAGAGGCAGCAACGGGGUGAGGAGACCGCAGCACUGCAGCAGGAAGCAGCAGCGCUUAGACAGCAGCUGCAGCAGCAGCAGCAGCAGCAGCAAGAUGGAGGAGAAGGCUUCGAGGAGGAGCGACGACAACUAGCGGACCGGCUGCAGCAGCAGCAGCAGCAGAUCGAGCUGCUGCAGCAGCAGCUGCGACAGCGGCAGCAGCAUACAACAGCGGCAGCAGGUGACGUAGACCAGCAGCAGCAGCAGGAGCCGCUGCUGCAGCAGCUGCGGCAGCAGGUGCAGCAGCUGCAGCAGGAAGUCGCUAUCAAGAGCGAACAGCUAGAGGAGAAGGAGCAGCAACUGCAGCACCAGCAGCAGCUUGUGCAGCAGCUGCAGCAGCAAGUCCAGCAGCUGCAGCAGCAGCAGCAGCAGUUGCAGCGUGAGCUGCGCGAGUCGACACAGAAGGCUGCUGCUGCAGCUGCUGCACCCAGCAGCAGCAGCAGCUUAGCUAAGUCGUUGCAGACGCUGCAGCAGGAGGUAGCUAGGAUCCGCAUGCAGCACGAAGCAGCACUGCAGUGUCUAGGCAGCUCUGCUGCUGCUGUCGAGCAGAGUGGAGCAGAAGCAGCCGCAGCAGCAGCAGCAGCAGCAACAGCAGCGGGGCAGCAAGCGUUCGAUGAUAUUGGGAGCGUAAUUCAAGGCAUGCAGCAAGAGCAGCAGCGGCAGGAACAGCAGCAGCAACAGCAGCAGCAGCAGCAGCAGCGGUGUCUGCAGCCGCUGCAGCAGCCAGGCAGCCCCUGCAGCAGCGUUGGCUGCAGCACUCGUGUGCGAUCUCGGCGCAGCAGCGUGAGCAGCAGCAGCAGCAGCAGCAGCAGCAGCAGCAGCUGCGUCUCCUCCAUGUUGACGGCAGUGCAGCGCAUGCAGGAGAUCUACAGCAGAGCUACUGCAGCAGAAGCAGCAGCAAGACAGCAGCAGCACGGAGCAAGGCAGCUAAGCCGCAGCAGCUUCUCUUACAUCUCUUCUCGCUUCAGCGCCUUCCCGCUUCUUGCUGCUGCUAACCCUAGCACCCCCGGCACACCCUCGCACCUCAGUGUUGCUUCACUGCCAGUCAACGCCCAAACGCCUCCCAGCCGCAUGUGGAACAGCGCACUCCCUUUGAUGCAGCAGCAGCAGCAGCAGCAGCCGCUGCAGCCGCAGCAGCCGCAGCAGCCGCAGCAGCAGCCAGGCUCACAGCAGCAAGAGCAGCAGCACGGAGAGGAGCAGCAGCAGCUCUUUGAGGGCCUCCAUUCUACUCAAGUCCUCGCCUCUAGUGAUGUGCCUAGAGACUUCGUGCAGCAAAAGGAGCAGCAGCAGCAGCAGCAGCCGCAGCAGCAACAGCAGCCGCAGCCGCAGCAGCAAACCAGUUCUAGCGUCUUCGCUCUGCAGCGGCCGCAGCAGACCCCAACAACAACAGCAGCAACAGAGGGCCCUUUGGGUUUCUGCAGCAGCAGUGCUUCGCCAACGGCUUUCCCCCAGCAGCAGCAGCAGCAGCAGCAGCAGCAGCAGCAGCAGCAGCACGAGCUGCAGCAGCAGCAGCAGCAGGAUCCGCUGCAGCCAUUUGUAUGGGAGCGGAGAUCUCCUUCUCAUAGUUUCUCUGUCCCUAGCCCAAAGCAAGGCGCUGGAUCUGCUGCUGUUGCUGCUGCUACUGCAGCAGCAGCAGCAGCUGCUGCUGCUGCUGGUGCCGCAAUUCCUCCACCCAUGCUGCUGCAGGGCCCUGAGCAGCAGCAGCAGAUGCUGGGGAACUCGCUGCAGCAGCAGCUGAGACCUUCGUUUGGUCCAGGUGCUGCACUGACAGCAAGUAGGACGCUGCAGCAGCAGCACGAGCAGCAGCAGCACCAGCUGCAGCAGCAGCACCACCACCAGCUGCAGCAGCAGCAGCAGCAAUAUGAGCUGCAACAGCAGCAACACGACCAGCAGUCAGAGCAGCAGCACGAGCUGCAGCAACAACAACACGAACUACAACAGCAGCAGCAGCAGCACGAGCUGCAACAACAACAAUACGAACUACAGCAGCAGCAGCAGCAGCAGCAGCAGCAGCACGAGCUGCAGCAGCAGCAGCACGAGUUGCAGCAGCAGCAGCAGCACGAGUUGCAGCAGCAGCAGCAGCACGAGCUGCAGCAGCAGCAGCACGAGCUGCAGCAGCAGCAGCACCAGAUGCAGCAGCACGAGAUGCAGCAGCAGCAAGAGGUGCAGCAAAACGAGCAUCUCCAGCAGCCGCAGGAGCAGCAGCAGGAGCAGCAGCACGGUGAGCACCAGCUGCUGCAUCACGAGCAAGAUGAGCAGCAGCAACAGCAGCAGCAGCAGUCUCCAGGUCUGUUGGAGCCUUUCGGCCAGCCACAGGAGCAGCAGCAACCGCAGCAAGACCAGCAGCAAGACCAGCAGCAGCAGCAGCAGCAGCAGCAGCAGUUGCAGCACAGCCUAGACAGACGCAGCGACAUGGCUUACCUCUGGGCAGAUGAAAGCAAUAGAAACCACUGGAACAUGCAGCAACAGCAGCAGCAGCAGCAGCAGCAGCAGCACGAGAUGCAGCAGCAGCAGCAGCAGCUGCAGCAGCAGCAGCUACAGCAGCAGCUGCAGGACAGUAGGCGCAGCAGCGCGCGCACCAUUGAUGAUUUCUUCGCUUGA